AACAAAAAAAAAAAAAAAAAAGAAGCGGCUUUUGAAAUUCGUUCUCUUCCGCCGCUACUUCAUUCUCCAAUCUCCAGCCACUCGACUGCAAAUCUCAACAGAUGCUGUCACCUUCGUCGUUCCCUUGCAUUAAAUUCACAACUUCUCUUCUAUGUCUUCAACAAUAAAUCCCCAAAUUCUAGUUAUUCUUAUGCUUCUCCCUGAAAUUGGUUCAUUCGCAGCCAUUCUUCUUUUCUAAAGGCCCUGAGGAAUCUCAUGUUUGUUGCCGCUGAUUCAAAUCAGCAACAAUGUCGACGAAAAUCGAAUGAGAAAUUUGCAGAGAACUGGAGGUUUGUGCCGUCAGGUUCGAAUAUCCGAUGGUCGCUUACAGAACGUGUGCUCAGGCUACUAUAAUUGAGGUAGUUUUUUCCGGUUACCACCAUUUCAUCGCCAGCUUGCUCAGUUGUUCGGUAUCAGUAAGCGUUCACCAUCUAAACUUGGAGCUUGCUUCUGCGCAAAGGAAUCACUGUAUGGGGGCAACAACUUGGAGCUUGGUCCAUUUCUCUGUUGGAAAAUACCAAACCGUGCCCUAAAUCAGAUAAGGGAGAGAGCGAGAGAGCGAGAGACUGCAGAGCGAGAGAGAGAAUGCAGAAGCGAGAGCCGGGCAAGAGCGGUGGCUCAGCUGGCGGUCCCGCCGCUCCGGCGGCUAAGAGGGGCCGCCCAUUUGGUAGCACGAGUGGUAGCGCUGCUGCUGCCGCUGCAGCUGCAGCAGCCGACGCUACGGCUCCGUCAGCUCUACUGGGUCCAUCUCUCCAGGUUCAUAGCUCCUUCGCAGAUCAGAACCAUAAAAGGAUAGUUCUUGCUCUUCAAAGUGGACUGAAGAGUGAGCUCAUAUGGGCAUUGAAUACACUCACAUUGCUGUCUUUCAAGGAAAAGGAUGAUAUGCGGAAAGACGCAACUCCUCUUGCCAAAAUACCCGGCUUGCUGGAUGCUCUUCUCCAAGUUAUAGAUGAUUGGCGUGAUAUUGCACUUCCAAAAGAGCUCUCAAAAGGACCUAGGAUCAGGAAUUUAGGUGCAAAUUCUCUGGUAACAGGAUUUGGCAAUGAGUAUGAGGCUCUGGGUACUUAUGAUACUCUUCCUCGGUCUGGAUUGGGAUUGAGUUCUUCCUUAGCUGAGGCCUCAACUAUAAAAAUUACAGCCAAACUUCAACAUCCACAGUGGUGGUUGGAUGAAGAUGGGCUGUUUAAUCUAGAUGAUGAGGGGCGUGCAGAAAAACAGCAGUGUGCUGUUGGAGCUUCAAAUGUUAUCCGUAACUUCUCGUUCAUGCCGGAUAAUGAAGUUAUUAUGGCUCAACACAGGCAUUGCUUGGAAACCGUGUUCCAGUGCAUUGAAGAUCACAAAACAGAGGAUGAGGAACUGGUCACAAAUGCGCUUGAGACAAUUGUAAAUCUUGCUCCGCUGCUGGAUCUUCGAAUUUUUAGCUCAGCAAAAGUAUCUUACAUCAAAAUAACUGAGAAACGCGCAGUUCAAGCCAUUAUGGGCAUUUUAGAAUCUCCUGUCAAAGCCUGGCAUUGUGCUGCAGCUGAAUUACUUGGGCGUAUGAUAAUAAAUCCAGAUAAUGAACCUUUUCUUCUUCCCUUUGUUCCACAGAUACAUAAGCGCUUAAUUGAUCUUCUGAGCAUUCAAGCCUUUGAUGCACAAGCUGCUGCUGUUGGAGCACUCUAUAACCUUUCAGAAGUUAAUAUGGACUGCAGAUUGAAACUUGCCAACGAGAGAUGGGCCAUUGAUAGACUAUUGAAAGUGAUCAAGAUGCCACAUCCUGUUCCUGAAGUCUGCAGAAAAGCUGCAAUGAUACUGGAGAGCCUCGUGUCUGAGCCGCAAAAUAGGGUUUUACUGCUUGCUUAUGAGAAUGCGUUUGCAGAGAUGCUCUUCUCAGAUGGUAGGUAUUCUGAUACAUUUGCCAGGAUACUCUAUGAACUAACUUCUAGACCUAACAAUAAAGUGGCAGCAGCUCGGGGUGUCUGGGGCAUGUAACUUAACACUGAUCUUUUCCUCUAGGUAAAACGAAUAUUAGUUCAACACUCAUUUAAGGAUUGUAUUUUUGUAAAUGUACAUUCUAGUGCUCUUAUUUUCAUUUCCUGUUGCAAUUUUUUAAAGUUUCA